AAGGCGAAGCUAUUUGAACAAAAAAACGUGUUGGUACCGAAGUGCUGUAAAGAUUAAACUGCUUAAAUCCAGAUAAGUUAUAGUGCUACAACAUCCAGUGAUAUAUCAUCAUAAGAACAGUGACCUUAUGAACAUGCAGUUAAGAUGUAAUUGAAAGAAACUGCAACGCAGAAAAAAUAAGUAUAUUCAAACUGUGAUUAUCAUAGCAGAAGCUGUCGGUGGCAAUAACCAAAAAAUAUACUGACGUUUCAAGAGCAUACCUCUGUUGUGAACCUUAAAAAUCGAAGAGGAAAUCUCGUUAUCGGAUCGUUAAUAAGUUGAUUGAUCCUGAACGGCAGCACUCAAAAUGACAAACAAAAACUAUCCUCAAUGCAAUGGGUCGCAGCAAUCGGUGAAUCUCAAGAAUGGCAUCAGCAACGAUGCGAUGUCCCUGUCCAGCUACAAAGGCUCCAAGGACAUUCUGAACGUAAAGUUCAGUAAAGCACCAGAGAAAGCUCUCGGUGCCCGCAGCGACUACAAAUCCGUUUCGUACUGCAAACUGUUUCGAUUUGCAACGUGGGGCGAAGUAUGUGCUACCAUUGUUGGAAUCCUGUUGGCCUCGGUCGCGUCGCUUGGACUGCCGUACGGUGUCAUUCUGUACGGAGAGUACACAACGCUGCUGGUGGAUCGGACCAUCGGAAUAGGGAAAUCUACCGACACGUCCAUUCUGUCGUUAUUUGGCGGGGGAAGACUACUAGUUAACGCCAGUAUAGAGGAGAAUCAGGCGGCCAUUCUGGAGGAUGCCAAAGCCUUCGGUUUGGGCGCAUUAUUUGUGUCGGCGGUACAGUUCCUAGCUGGUGCACUGAGUGUUGAUAUAAUCAACCGGUCGGCCAACCGGCAAAUCAGUAGAAUUCGGCAGCUGUUUCUGAAGGCCGUGCUUCGACAGGACAUGACCUGGUACGAUUUGAACAGCGAUGACAAUUUUGCGGUGCGAAUUACUGAUGAUCUGGAUAAACUGAGGGAAGGCAUUGGAGAGAAGCUUUCUAUUUUUACGUAUUUAGUAAUGUCCUUCGUCAUAUCUGUGAUAUUUUCGUUUUUCUAUGGUUGGAAACUGACUUUAGUAAUAUUAAGCUGUGCACCCAUUAUCAUUCUGGCAACUGCCAUAGUAGCCAAGAUGCAAAGCACACUAACGGAAAAAGAGUUAAAAGCAUAUUCAUCAGCCGGUGCAGUUGCUGAAGAAGUACUUGGCAGCAUCCGCACAGUAGUUGCUUUCGGAGGCGAACGGAAAGAAUUGGAUCGGUACAAAAGUCGUCUCUCAUCUGCAGAGGAUAAUGGUCGCAAAAAGGGCCUUUUCUCCGGUAUAGGAGGAGGUAUCAUGUGGUUCAUCAUUUAUUGCUGUUACGCACUGGCUUUCUGGUACGGAAUCAGCUUGAUUUUGGAAGACCGCGGAAAAGAUGUAAAGGAUUACACACCAGCCGUGCUAAUUAUUGUGCUAUUUGGUGUGCUGGCCGGAGCUCAGAAUCUCGGAUUGUCAUCUCCUCAUCUGGAAGCUUUCUCAACGGCAAAGGGCUCUGCAGCGUCUAUAUUUUCAAUUAUUGAUAAAAUACCGACCAUAGAUCCAUUUGGUGACAGUGGUCUACGACCGCUCGCUUUUAGUGGAAAUAUUAAAUUUACGGAUGUAAGAUUUCGGUAUCCCGCACGAAGUGACGUGCAAGUUCUGCAAGGUUUGGAUUUGACCAUAGAGGCAGGAAAAACUGUUGCAUUGGUUGGUCCAUCAGGAUGUGGAAAGUCCACUUGCCUGCAGCUAAUUCAAAGGCUCUAUGAUCCCCUACAUGGAUGCGUAACAAUUGACGGAGUCAAGAUCAACGAAUUGAACAUUAACUGGUUGCGCUCCUUUAUCGGAGUAGUUGGACAGGAACCCGUCCUAUUUGGUACCAGUAUAGCGGAAAAUAUCCGUUAUGGUAAUCCAGAAGCGAGCCAGAGUGACAUUGAAGCGGCUGCCAGAAUAGCGAAUUGCCAUAGUUUCAUUACUAAACUGCCUAACGGCUACCACACGAUGAUUGGGGAGCGUGGAGCUCAAAUGUCCGGUGGUCAGAAGCAACGAAUUGCCAUAGCACGGGCCUUGGUUCGUAACCCGAAGAUACUCCUGCUGGAUGAAGCAACCUCUGCGCUAGAUCCAAACUCGGAAAAACGUGUUCAGGAUGCGCUAGAGAAGGCCAGCCUUGGCCGUACAACUCUAGUGGUGUCCCAUCGACUGUCGACAAUAACCAACGCUGAUAAGAUUGUAUAUAUUGACAAAGGUGUAGUGGCUGAGCAGGGAACACAUGAACAGCUUAUGGCCAGGCGUAGCCUGUAUUAUAACUUAGUAAUUGCCAGUGGAUCACUUAAGCAGGAAGAUGAAAACGCCCCUACUGGUAAUGAAUCCAACGACCUUGCAGGACCGAAAAGUGAAUCUGCUGAUGAAGAUGCUUGCUCAGAUGAUGAGUCCGAUGGAAGCAAAUCGGGAGAAGUAGUCGAAGACAAUACCGAAGAUGCAUAUCCGGUAUCCGUAAUGCGAUUGCUGAAACUAAAUGCCGCCGAAUGGCCGUACAUAUUGUUUGGGUGUGGUGCCGCAAUGGUUGUGGGAGCUUCAUUUCCACUGUUUGCUGUUCUAUUCGGUGAAAUGUAUGGUAUCUUAUCAGUUGCCGAUCAGGAGUAUGUCAAAUCCGAAUGCAAUUUCUAUUCGUUGCUUUUCUUGUUGCUCGGAGUCAUUACAGGCAUUGGCACUUUCUUUCAAACAUUCCUGUUCAACAUUGCCGGUGCACGUUUAACAACACGUCUCCGACAGAAAUCCUUCAAGGCCAUAAUCAGCCAAGAGAUGGCAUGGUUCGACGAAUCAAAUAACGCUGUUGGAGCUCUUUGUGCGCGUCUCUCGGGUGAUUGCGCUAGUGUUCAGGGUGCUACAGGAACCAGAAUUGGCUCUCUUUUGCAGGCCGCUUCUACGAUUUGUAUCGGUGUAGCGAUUGCUUUUUACUAUUCGUGGAAUUUGACGCUGGUUUCGGUUGUCGCAAUCCCUAUUGUGUUGGGCUCAAUCAUGCUAGAAUCUCGCUAUAUGGAAUCUAGUGCAUUGAAGGAGAAGCAGUCGCUUGAAAGUGCCAUCAAAAUGGCCUCUGAAGCUAUCUCCAAUAUUCGAACGGUAGCCAGCUUGGGUCAGGAACCUCACAUACUUGAGCGGUAUGAAAAGGAAAUCGUUAAAGUUGAUAUUGCUUGUAAGAAAAAGACCAGGCUUCGAGGUACGGUGUUUGCUCUCGGUCAAAUUAUGCCUUUCAUGGGCUAUGGUUUGGCACUUUCCUACGGUGGAACGCUGGUAUCGGCAGGAGAACUUCUGUAUAAAGAUGUGAUAAAAGUAUCCGAGGCUCUAAUUUUCGGUGCUUGGAUGUUGGGUCAAGCUUUAGCCUAUGCACCCAAUGUCAACUCGGCUAUGCUUUCGGCCGGUCGUUUGAUGAAACUACUUGAUCGUACCCCGAAAAUGUAUAACCCAUCCAGUUCCUAUCGUCCAAUAAGUCAGAAACAUGAAGGAAACAUCAAGUACUCUGACGUUGAAUUCCGUUAUCCAACGAGACCAACAGUUCCCAUUUUGCAAGGCCUUAAUUUAGAAAUCAAAAAAGGAACUACAGUUGCCCUCGUUGGCCCAUCCGGAUGCGGUAAAUCAACCUGCAUCCAAAUGUUGCUUCGAUAUUACGAUCCGGACAAUGGCAAAGUUGACAUCGAUGGUAUCUCCACAACUGAUUUUCAGCUGAGCCGUAUUCGAGCGCAGAUGGGUCUGGUAUCGCAAGAACCGGUCCUGUUCGACCGAACGAUAGCGGAAAACAUCGCGUACGGUGACAACAGUCGUGACAUUCCGAUGCCGGAGAUCAUUGAUGCUGCCAGGAUGGCCAAUAUUCACGAGUUCAUAGUGAACCUACCGAAAGGAUACGAGACCAGCUUGGGUACAAAGGGGGCUCAGCUGUCCGGUGGUCAGAAGCAGCGAAUUGCCAUAGCACGAGCACUGGUUAGAAAUCCGCGCAUUUUGCUGCUAGACGAGGCAACGUCGGCUCUGGAUAAUCAGAGUGAAAAAAUUGUGCAAAAUGCUCUGGAUCAUGCUCGUAAGGGAAGAACUUGCAUCAUUAUAGCCCAUCGUUUGACAACGAUUCAGAAUGCGGAUGUGAUCUGUGUGAUCCAAAACGGUGUCGUCGUGGAAAGCGGUACCCACGACGAAUUAAUGGUGCUGAAUAGAAUUUACGCAAAGCUAUACACCAUGCAGCAGGUGAUCGAAGCAGUAUACGAAAAAAUGACGAAUAAAAGCAAUCUCCAAUGCAAUGGGUCGAGGCGGCAAUCAGCGAAUCUCAUAAAUGGCAUCAACGGUGAAGCGACGUUCCAAGGUACCAAUAGUUCCAAGGAUAUUCUGAACGUAAAGUUUAGUAAAGCACCGGAGGAAGCUCUCGGUGCCUCUGGCAACAGUAAACCAGUCUCGUAUUUUCAAUUGUUUCGAUUUGCAACGUGGGGCGAAAUAAGUGCCACCGUUAUCGGAAUAGUGUUGGCUUCGGUCGCAUCGCUCGGACUGCCAUACGGUGUCAUUCUGUAUGGAGAAUUUACUACGCUGCUGGUAGAUCGGACCAUGAGGAUAGGGAAAUCCACUGACACGGCCAUUUUAUCAUUAUUUGGGGGUGGAAAAAUACUAGUUAACGCCACCCGGGAGGAGAAUCAGGAGGCAAUUCUGGAGGAUGCCAUAGCGUACGGUUUGGGUACCUUAUGUGUGUCGACAGUUCAGUUUAUAACUGGUGCACUUAGUGUUGAUAUAAUCAAUCGGACAGCCAACCGGCAAAUCAGUCGAAUACGGAAACUAUUUUUUAAGGCUAUCCUACGGCAGGAUAUGACUUGGUACGAUUUGAACAGCAACGACAGUUUUGCGGUACGAAUCACGGAUGAUCUGGAUAAACUAAAGGAGGGUAUUGGAGAGAAACUUUCCAUUUUUACGUUCUUAGUAAUGUCCUUCGUUAUCUCUGCGAUAUUUUCAUUUUUCUAUGGUUGGAAACUGACAUUAGUGAUGCUGAGCUGCACACCCAUCAUCAUUUUAGCAACUGCGAUAGUAGCCAAUAUGCAAAGUACGCUAACCGAGAAGGAGCUAAAGGCUUAUUCGUCGGCAGGCGCAGUAGCAGAAGAAGUGCUUGGAAGUAUCCGCACGGUGGUUGCUUUCGGAGGUGAACAAAAAGAAUUGAAUCGGUACAAAAGUCGUCUCUCCUCUGCAGAAAAAAAUGGUCGUAAAAAGGGACUUUUCUCUGGCGCAGGAGGAGGUGUAAUGUGGUUCAUCGUUUAUUCUUGCUACGCUCUUGCAUUUUGGUAUGGAAUCAGCUUGAUUUUGGAAGAUCGUGGAAAGGAUGUGAAAGAAUACACACCAGCCGUGCUAAUUAUUGUGCUGUUUGGAGUAUUAGCUGGAGCUUACAAUCUCGGACUGUCGUCUCCUCACCUAGAGGCUUUCUCUGCGGCGAAAGGAUCUGCGGCAUCAGUAUUUUCUGUAAUUGAUAGGAUACCGACCGUAGAUCCGUUUGGUGACAGCGGUCUGCGACCGCUCUCUUUUACUGGAAAUAUUAAAUUCAACGACGUACGUUUUCAGUAUCCGUCACGGAGUGACGUGCAAGUAUUGCAAGGCUUAGACUUGACUAUCGAGACUGGAAAGACUGUUGCGUUGGUUGGUCCAUCAGGAUGUGGAAAGUCCACUUGUCUACAGCUAAUACAGAGACUCUACGAUCCCUUGCAUGGAUCUAUUACCAUCGAUGGGAUUAGGAUUAAUGAGUUAAAUAUUAACUGGUUGCGCUCCUUUAUCGGAGUGGUCGGGCAGGAGCCCGUCCUAUUUGGUACCAGUAUAGCGGAGAACAUCCGCUACGGUAAUCCAGAAGCUUGUCAAAGUGACAUUGAAGCUGCUGCCAAAAUAGCAAAUUGCCAUAGUUUUAUUACUAAACUACCUAAUGGGUACCAUACUACGAUUGGAGAGCGAGGAGCUCAAAUUUCCGGUGGUCAAAAGCAACGAAUUGCCAUAGCACGAGCAUUGGUUCGUAACCCGAAGAUACUCCUGCUGGAUGAAGCAACCUCUGCGCUAGAUCCAAACUCGGAAAAACGUGUUCAGGAUGCUCUAGAGAAGGCUAGUCGUGGUCGUACAACCAUAGUUGUGUCCCAUCGAAUGUCGACAAUAACCAACGUUGAUAGGAUUGUAUAUAUUGAUAAAGGUGUAGUAGCUGAAGAGGGAACACACGACCAACUCAUGGCUAAACGGGGCCUGUAUUACAAUUUGGUACUUUCCAGUGGAACUUUUAAGGAGGAAAACAAAGCAAAAGAUUCUGCUGGUAACGACGAAUCAACUCCAACAGGACCAAAGAAUGUAUCUGCUGGUGAAGAUGGUUGCUCAGAUGAUGAGUCCGAAGGAAAUCAGUCAGAAGAAGUAACCAAGGAUGAAACUGAAGAUAAAUAUUCGGUAUCCGUGACGCGAUUACUGAAAUUAAAUGCCGCCGAAUGGCCAUACAUCUUGUUCGGAUGUGCCGCCGCAAUGGUUGUGGGAGCUUCAUGUCCAUUAUUUGCUGUUCUUUUCGGUGAAAUGUAUGGAAUCUUAUCGGUCGCCGAUCCGGAGUAUGUAAAAUCGGAAGGCAAUUUCUACUCAUUACUUUUCUUGUCACUGGGAAUUGUUACAGGCAUUGGCACGUUCUUCCAAACCUUUCUAUUUAACGUUGCCGGUGCGCGUUUAACAACACGUCUCCGACAGAAAUCCUUCAAGGCCAUGAUCAGCCAAGAGAUGGCAUGGUUCGACGAAUCCAAUAACGCUGUUGGAGCUCUCUGUGCGCGUCUUUCCGGUGAUUGCGCUAGUGUUCAGGGUGCUACAGGAACCAGAAUUGGUUCCAUUCUACAGUCCGCUUCGUCGAUUUGUAUCGGUGUCGGAAUAUCUUUCUAUUAUUCUUGGAAUUUGACAUUAGUUUCGAUGAUCGCAAUUCUAAUAGCAUUAAUCUCGAUUAUGGUAGAAUCACGGUAUGUGGAACCUAGUGCAUUGCAAGAGAAGAAGUGUCUUGAAGACGCCAUAAAAUUGGCCACUGAAGCCAUCACCAAUAUCCGAACAGUGGCCAGCUUGGGUCAAGAGCCUCAUAUGCUUGAACGAUAUGAAAAGGAAAUCGCCAAAGUUGACGUUGCUUGCAAGAAAAAGAUCAGACUUCGUGGUAUGGUGUUUGCUCUUGGUCAGGUCAUGCCAUUCAUGAGCUAUGGAUUGGCACUUUGCUACGGUGGAAAAUUGAUAUCAGAUGGAGAAGUUUUAUAUAAAGAUGUGAUUAAAGUAUCCGAAGCUUUAAUUUUCGCGGCUUGGAUGUUGAGUCAAGCUUUGGCUUAUGCUCCUAACGUCAGCUCGGCUAUGCUGUCGGCUGGUCGUUUGAUGAAAUUACUUGAUCGUACUCCGAAAAUUCAGAACUCGUCGCGUGCCUACCGUCCAUUUAGCCAGAAACAAGAAGGAAAUAUCAAUUACAGCGACGUUGAAUUCCGUUAUCCAACGAGACCCACGGUCCCCAUUUUACAAGGACUCAGUUUAGAAAUCAAAAAAGGCAGCACAGUCGCUUUAGUUGGUCCCUCUGGCUGUGGUAAAUCAACGUGCAUUCAAAUGUUGCUUCGCUAUUACGACCCGGAUGGUGGAAGCGUAGACAUCGAUGGUAUCUCCACGAUUGAAUUUCAGCUCAGUCGUAUUCGAGCGCAGAUGGGUCUGGUAUCGCAGGAACCGGUCCUGUUCGAUCGAACGAUAGCGGAAAACAUUGCGUACGGCGACAACAGUCGUGACAUUCCGAUGCCGGAUAUUAUUGAAGCUGCCAAAAUGGCUAACAUUCACGAGUUCAUAGUGAACCUACCAAAAGGUUACGAAACCAGCUUGGGUUCGAAGGGAGCACAGCUAUCCGGUGGUCAAAAGCAGCGGAUUGCCAUCGCAAGAGCAUUAGUUCGAAAUCCACGCAUUCUAUUGCUAGAUGAAGCGACGUCGGCUCUGGAUAAUCAGAACGAAAAAAUCGUUCAAAAUGCUCUGGAUCAUGCGCGGAGAGGAAGAACCUGCAUUAUUAUAGCUCAUCGUUUGACGACGAUUCAGAAUGCGGACGUGAUCUGUGUAAUCCAAAACGGCGUCAUCGUGGAGUGUGGUACUCACGACAAAUUGAUGGCGCUGAAUGGAAUAUACGCAAAACUGUACACCAAGUCCUAA